GCGGGCACAUUGGCUCGCGGUAGGCUUAGGCACGGGCUCGUAACAAGCUUAGGCGCCGGCCGCUAUGAGCCAAUGCGCUUGCACGGCUCACAACAAGUAGGGCAUGCUUGCGUGCCGACUUACAACGAGCCUAUACGUUGGCUCGCGGUAGGCCUACUUUGA